AUGCGCCUCUCCAAAACCCUUGUCGACAUGGACAUGGCCGACUACAGUGCUGCGCUGGACCCAGCCUACACCACCCUGGAGUUUGAGAAUGUGCAGGUGUUGACGAUGGGCAAUGACACGUCCCCAUCAGAAGGUACCAACCUCAACGCACCCAACAGCCUGGGUGUCAGCGCCCUGUGUGCCAUCUGUGGGGACCGGGCCACAGGCAAACACUAUGGUGCCUCAAGCUGUGAUGGCUGCAAGGGCUUCUUCCGGAGGAGUGUGAGGAAGAACCACAUGUACUCCUGCAGAUUUAGCCGGCAGUGCGUGGUGGACAAGGACAAGAGGAACCAGUGCCGCUACUGCAGGCUCAAGAAGUGCUUCCGGGCUGGCAUGAAGAAGGAAGCCGUCCAGAACGAACGGGACCGGAUCAGCACUCGCAGGUCGAGCUACGAGGACAGCAGCCUGCCCUCCAUCAACGCGCUCCUGCAGGCCGAGGUCCUGUCCCAGCAGAUCACCUCCCCUGUCUCUGGAAUCAAUGGUGACAUUCGGGCAAAGAAGAUCGCCAGCAUCGCGGAUGUGUGUGAGUCCAUGAAAGAGCAGCUGCUGGUGCUCGUCGAGUGGGCCAAGUACAUCCCAGCUUUCUGCGAGCUCCCCCUGGACGACCAGGUGGCCCUGCUCAGAGCCCAUGCUGGUGAGCACCUGCUGCUCGGAGCCACCAAGCGCUCCAUGGUGUUCAAGGACGUUCUGCUUCUAGGCAAUGACUACAUCGUCCCUCGGCACUGCCCAGAGCUGGCAGAGAUGAGCCGUGUGUCCAUCCGCAUCCUGGAUGAGCUGGUGCUGCCCUUUCAGGAGCUGCAGAUCGAUGACAAUGAGUAUGCCUGCCUCAAAGCCAUCAUCUUCUUUGACCCAGAUGCCAAGGGGCUGAGCGACCCGGGCAAGAUCAAGAGGCUGCGUUCCCAGGUGCAGGUGAGCCUGGAGGACUACAUCAACGACCGCCAGUACGACUCACGCGGCCGCUUCGGCGAGCUGCUGCUGCUGCUGCCCACCCUACAGAGCAUCACCUGGCAGAUGAUCGAGCAGAUCCAGUUCAUCAAGCUCUUUGGCAUGGCCAAGAUCGACAACCUGCUGCAGGAGAUGCUGCUGGGAGGGUCCUCCAGUGAUGCACCUCAUGCCCAUCACCCCCUGCACCCUCACCUGAUGCAGGAACACAUGGGCACCAACGUCAUUGUUGCCAACACGAUGCCUGCUCACCUCAGCAACGGACAGAUGUGUGAGUGGCCCCGACCCAGGGGGCAGGCAGCCACCCCUGAGACUCCACAGCCCUCGCCGCCAGGUGGCUCGGGGUCUGAGCCCUACAAGCUCCUGCCGGGAGCCAUCGCCACAAUCGUCAAGCCCCCCUCUGCAAUCCCACAGCCGACCAUCACCAAGCAGGAAGUCAUCUAGCAAGUCACUAGGGGGAGGGGGCUCUGCCAGCCCCCCGGCCCCCUCAGAGAGCCCCGAUGGUCACUUGGUCAC